AUGCAUCGUCAUAGAGUCAUGUACAAUAAUGUUCAUUCAUAUUAUCAUCCUUUUUCUUAUUGUCAUCAUGGAAUUAAUGUUUGUUCACCAUAUGACAUUGCAGAAUCAUUACCAAUAGCAGAUAUGAAUAUUUGUGUUCCACAAUAUUGUCAAGACUAUGCUUAUCAACGAGGUAUUUCACAUGUUGAUUAUCCAUAUUAUAAUUGUGUUCCACGUAUUGUUUCACGACCAGUUCUACCACCACUACCACCAAUAGCUCUAACAAAUGUUCAAAAUGAUUUUUAUUAUUUAGUAGAUGAUCCCGAUAACAUGUAUGAUGAUGAUCAUGGAAAUACUUAUAGAUUAUCUCGAUCUAAAGUUCAGCUUGUUGAUAUACCUCCAGAAAAAUAUAUACGAACAAGUCCUAAGCGUUUAGUUGCAUCAAAACAUCAACGAAAUGAUGAACCAUCAGAACGAAUUAUUAUACCGCGUUCAACUGUUGUACGACACAAAUCACUUCCUGCAUAUGUAAGGCCUAAACCUGUACGAUUAGUACCAUUAUAUCAUUCAGCAGAUCCUCAAUAUCUUGCAUCAAAACGAAGAUCAAUGGCUAAAAAAUUGGUUCCACUUACAACUGUUUCACAUAGUCCACAAAAGAGAACCAUUAAAGUACGCUCAUUAUCACCAUAA